CAUGUCUUCAUAUAUCUACGGAUGAAGCUAUAAAGACCCUGAAGAUUUCGUCCCGUUCCUCGCCAGACAACACAACCUCUGGAUCUGUUGUAGUCGUGGGGCUGAUCCAUCAUUUUCCCGGACGAUAUAACCUAGACCCUCGCGUUUUUUACCUUGGGCCGGAUGCGUCCAAUCCAAAGUAACUCCUUCGUGGAGCUCGCAUCCGAAGUCGAUCUCCAACAAAACGGCCUCCUCUCCAUCCCCCGCCUCUCGCACACUUCCCAGGCACCCCCGCCGUACGAUGCAGGAACAAGCGAAGUGGUACCGUCCGACUCCUUCGAGGAGCUGUUCCAGCAACGACCGAUCCCGCUAGGUACGGCGCAGCUUGCGUCGCCUGGAGGACAUGAGGCGGCGUAUCCACCACCGGCGCAUCCGCAAUUGAAUGGGGAGACGAGGAUUGAUGUGUCGGUGCCGAUUAUGAAUAUUGUGAUUCAAAUUGUGGGGAGUCGGGGGGAUGUGCAGCCGUUUUUGGCGUUGGCAAAGGAGUUGCAGAUUUAUGGGCAUAGAGUCCGCAUAGCAACACAUGAAACCUUCCGCGCCUGGAUCCGCCGCAACGAAGUCGAAUUCUACCCCAUUGGCGGCGACCCAGCGGUGUUGAUGGCUUUCAUGGUGGAAAACAAAGGUCUGAUACCAAGCUACGCGUCGAUCGCAAAGGGGGAUAUCGGCUCGAAGCGGAAGAUGAUUAGGGAGAUUUUGAGGGGGAGUUGGAAGAGUUGUGUUGAGGCUGAUGAGGAGACUGGCCAACCCUUCCGCGCCUCAGUUAUAAUCGCUAACCCCCCCUCCUUCGGCCACAUCCACUGCGCCGAAAAGCUCAGCAUCCCGCUCCACAUGUCCUUCACCAUGCCGUGGGUGCGCACAAUCUCCUUCCCACACCCGCUAACCAACAUCGAGCACAGCAAAACCGUCCACAAGCUCGUCAAUAAGAUGAGCUACGGCGUCGUCGACACACUGACGUGGUUGGGGGUCGGGGAUGUGAUUAAUGAGUUUAGGAGGGAUGUGCUGGGGUUGAAGAGGAUGGGUGUGCAGCAGGGGACCGAGACGGUGGAGUAUAUGGAGGUGCCCUGGACGUUUUGUUGGAGUCCGAGUUUGAUUCCUAAGCCGGUUGACUGGGGGCCCAAUAUUGCGAUUUCGGGCUUCUACUUCCUCGAUCAAGCCAACAACUACACCCCACCACCGGACCUCUCCACCUUCCUCAACCUCUCCCCCGCCCCUAUCUACAUCGGCUUCGGCAGCAUCACUGGCCAAGAUCCUGGCAAAUUCACAUCCACGAUCCUCCAAGCCGUGCAACAAGCCGGCGUGCGCGCCAUCAUCUCCAAAGGGUGGAUGAACAUGGGCGGCGGGGAAAGCGGGGCCAAAAGCGGUAUACCGGAUUUGGGAGAUAAAGUCCUCUUCAUAGGGGAUUGUCCGCAUGAUUGGUUGUUUCAGCAUGUGGCGGCGGUGGUGCAUCAUGGAGGGGCUGGGACGUUGAGUGCGGGACUGAGGUGUGGGAAGCCGACGGUUGUGGUGCCGUUUUUUGGGGAUCAGUUUUUCUGGGGGGCAAUGGUUUAUCGGAUGAAAGCCGGUCCUCUCCCUGUCCCCGCAAAAGACCUAACAGCCUCCGGCCUCGCCGCCGCCAUAACCACAGCCCUCUCCCCCGCCACCGUUCACGCCGCUCAACACAUCGCAAACCAAAUGGCCCAAGAAAAUGGCGUCAAGCUCGGCGUCGCAUCCCUCCACGCCUCCCUCCCAUUAUCCACAACCCUCCACAGCGCACUCAACAGCACCUACGCCGCCUCCCUCUAUGCGCCAAAACACAACCUCCAGCUCUCCCAGCAGGUCGCGCAGGUGCUCGUAGCCACGGGCGCCAUAGCAGAAACUGAGUUGGAGUUUCUGAGAACCGAGCGGUGGUUCAUCCCGCAUGAACAUGAUGGGAUACCCGGCACCGGCGCGGUGAGGGUGUUGAUGGACAGGCUGUCGAAUGUGGUGAGAGCCCCUGUGGCCGCGGCGAGGCGAGAGAGAGAGAAAGGGGGUGGGGUGUUUGCGAGGGGUUUGGUGGGGGUUUGGGCGGCGAUUUUGGCGCUUUGUUGGUUGGCGUGCUGUCCUUAUGAGAUGGGCUACUACACGCUAAUAGAAGUCGGAGAUUUCUUCCGCCGCUUUCCCCUCCUCUACGAUCGGUACUCGCGUGAGCAAUCCAUCCGCCCCAUCAACAACUUCGGCGUUGGUCUCAUCGAAGGCUUCCGCCAAAUCGCCGUCGGAGUCUGGGCAGCGUUCGCCGAUAUCUUCCGCCGCCCCGUCCAAUACGGCCGCUCCCACGGUUGCUUCCUCGGCUUCUUCCUCGGCCUGCUCAUCGGGUGUCUCAACGUCACAAAAGCUCUCGGCGGGUUAUUGACGGGCGUUGGGUGUUGGUUGAAAGGCGCGGUGAGGCAGGCGGCGAAGCGCAAGCGCGCGAAGAAGGUGUUUGAGGGCGAGUUGGGCGUGCAGGUGCCGCCGAGGACGCCGAAAAAAUGGUGGUGGCAGAGGAGGAAGCCGAGGGUUGUUGAAGAGGCGUGGUGGGAGGAGGCGGGGAGGAAGAGUGGGUUUGAAAGGGCGGAGUGUGAGCGGAUCGUGAGAGAGUUUGAGAUGGUUGUGGAGAAAAGGAGGAAUAGUCGGUGGUGGAGGAGCUCGUAGUCGUAAAGAUCCAGGCAGUGGGGAAAAGAGACGAUGUGAUACCUCGCUGAUAUUAGAGCAAAUGUGAUCUCUGACAUUCACGGGAGUAAGACUCGGAACGAAUGCGAGAA